ACAUCCUUCUUUACAUGCUAUAGAAAGUGUAUCAGUUGGUUACAAAUAAACUUUUGUGCAUCUCUUCCACACAUCGGACAUGCUACCAAACUCUUGAUUGUUCCCUACUAGAGACUUAACAGUUCUCCUUCUACAAUGAGUCAUUUCUUUGGAGGCGAGAACGCUUUUGGUUGGGGAAUGAUUUGAAUUCUUUUCCCUUGCAUAGCAAUGUCCUUUUUUGUUUGUUUUGUUUUGUCUUUUUGUCAUUGCAGGAAUCAAGACGACUACCAGCUAGUUCGGAAGUUAGGCCGGGGCAAAUACAGCGAAGUCUUCGAAGCCAUCAACAUCACAAAUAAUGAAAAAGUAGUCGUUAAAAUUCUGAAGCCGGUGAAAAAGAAGAAAAUUAAACGAGAAAUCAAAAUCCUGGAGAACCUGCGAGGUGGUCCCAACAUCAUCACCCUUGCCGACAUAGUGAAGGAUCCAGUG